GCUUCCUCUUUAUAAACAGUUCUAAAAGAGAACCAUAAGCAUUUUGGUUUUCUGUUUACAGCGUGUGACAUUUUGGAAAACUGCUAAAUCGAUCAUUGUCUUUGUUGGUAGUUCUGCACCUCUCCAUACUGGUGGAAUGUAUGAUCUGCAUCUGCUGCUAAUGCUGUGCUUGGCAUUCUGGCCAUGCUGCCAGCCACUGGAACAAGCAUCGCUGCGGUUUGUUGGGCUGGGGGACUGGGGAGGCAUCCCGUUAUUUCCCUACUAUACCCCUCACGAGCAGGCCAUCGCUGCAGAGCUCGCCCGGACGGCACAGACUCUGGGAUUGGACUUUGUCCUCAGUCUGGGAGAUCAUUUCUACUACAGAGGAGUGAAGGACGUGAAUGAUCACCGCUUCAAGUGUACCUUUGAGGAUGUCUUCUCCCAUUCCUCGCUGGUUGACAUCCCUUGGUACUUGGUGGCAGGGAACCAUGACUACAAUAACAACGUCUCCGCUCAGAUCGCUUACUCGAGCAGAUCGAAGAGAUGGAGGUUCCCGGAGUUGUACUAUGAGCUUCAGUUCAAGGUUCCCCAGAGUAACGUGUCAGUGACCAUCCUGAUGAUUGACACAGUGGUGCUAUGUGGGAAGAACAAUCAGGGGACCCAGCCCAAAGGAGAGGAAGGCCUGGAGGCUUCUGCAAAGCAGUUGGACUGGAUCAACUCCAGACUGGCAAACAGCAAGUCAGAGUUCAUUGUGGUGGCUGGUCACUAUCCUGUGUUGUCCAUUGGUCAUCACGGCCCUACAAAGUGUCUUUUGAGUAGACUACGGCCUCUGCUGAAGAAGUAUAAUGUCACAGUCUACCUGAGUGGCCAUGACCACAGCAUACAGUUUAUCAGAGAGGAUGAUGGGAGUUCCUACGUGGUCAGCGGGAGCGGGAACUUUGUAGACCUAUCCACCAAACACGUCAAGACCUUCCCGUCGUCAUGGCAACAGUUCUCCAACGCUGUCAACCUUACGUCCGGGGGAUUCGCUUACUUUGUAGUCACAGAGAACAGUAUGACUAUCAGCUACAUUCAGACUGAUGGGAAAUGUGUUUACCAAACAGCGCUGGCAAAACGCAAGGUCUGACACACACACACACACACACACACACACACACACACACACACACACACACACACACACACACACACACACACACACAG